UCUUGACUCUGACUAAACACACGACAAACUUGAAGCAAGUCGUAGCUUUGAAAUAUAUCCUCGUUGAUUUUGGCAACAAGUUUUGUGUACAUGUGUUUGUACUGCUAAUGGACACUUUUACAUUGAGAGUGAUGUGUGGAUGCUGUGUUUAUCAAUGAAGUGGCAAAAUUAACGUUUUGUCAUGUGUACAUUUGGUUAUUCAUACAGACAAUAUAUAUUACUAUACUCCUUGUAUUACUUACGUUCAUAUUAAAUAUGAAUAAUUGUUUUCACUGUUUACCAAUCUUACGUUUCGUCAAAUAUUGGAUAUGCAUCGUCCUUGGAGAUUAGAAUUACAAAUACAACAGAGACGACCCUAUGACAAUGAAGCAUCUGGUGAAUCAUCCGAGUCAGACGGAAAGGAUAAGAAGAAAAAAUUAAAGCCAUUUGAAGCUUUUCGGAGAUUGUUUAAAAGCACAAGGAAACGUAGCAGCAAGUCUAAAGAUGAUCCCCAAGUUAGCAUAGUAUCAGUGAAAGCCAAGUCUACCACUGCAUUACAUUCAGGAAGUAAUGAAGACGAUGAUGAUGAGGGCGGGUUUAAAAGUAAUAGGACCUUACAAGGGACCAGGAGUAUAUCAGAAGACAGUGUUUUUAAUCCCGAACUUAAAGAAGCUAACCCAGAAUCUUUGAAGAAAACAGCUGUAUCAGAAGAAAAUAUCCAUAAAUCUACAUUCCAGGCUGAGCUGUUUGCUAAAUUAAAAAGUCGUCAAUCUGUGUGUUCUGAUGAUGAUGAUGCCGGUCUACCUCACAGCCCCACCCCACCCGUCACCACUGCUGAUAUAAUAAUGGGUGGUGGCCUUAAGCCUCUGCCAGUGUCCGGUAAAUCAAUGAGUCGAGAGAGUGAAACCAGUUUAAUAAGUGAAGAUGGCUCCGACAAUGACGAGGAGGAUGCCUUUGACCGAGAAUGGAAAAGUUCUGUUGCCGCUGUUACAAGUUCUAAAGUAAUAAAAUCUCCUGCUAAAGAGAGAAACAGUUUAGAUUUUAGUUCUGUACAAACUACGGAGGUAUUAAGUAAUAAGGUAUCUCGAGAUAAGUUAAACAUCAGUAAAAACCGACGAUCAAGAGCACCUUCACGUAAGAAGAAGGAGGUAAAUGAUAAAUCAGCUAAAACUCUUCCAGGAGUAAAAGAAGAAUCUCCAACAAAGACACAAACACAAAGUAUAUUCUCAGAAGAAACACCAAGCAUCAGCCAGUUAUCAUCAUCUCUUCCAACAAAUCUAUCAGAUGAUAAACCCAAAGCAAAAAUAUCACAAGCAACUUCUACCAAAGUUAUUGCAGCUCAAACUUCACAAAAUAAGACAGUUGAGCUAGGACUUAAUAAAGACAGUGAAAGUGCAAAUAAAAGUGAGGUUAUUUUGAGAUCUGCAUCUACUAAAUCAGAUACAGAUGCUCCUAGUGAAAAACAUAAUGAGCUAUCGCAAGCUUUUGGUAAACUUAAAAAGCCAUCAAGCACGGACAAUGAAGCCAGUGCUAAAAGUGAACAAAAGACAGUUGAACUUCAGCCAAAAGAACUGAAAUUAGAAAAUACGGAAAAUAAAACCAAACCUGAAGAAAAAAUUGAAAUCAAUGUACAGAGUGUUGAUAAGUCGGAAGAGAAUAAGCAAAAUGAAGAUCCGACAAAGAAAAGUGUCAUUAGUUUACGACCCACUGAUUCUAAAGACUCGGUUAGUUCUUCUCCCAAAGAGGAAUAUCGACUUAAGCGACAGAAUCGUAGUAAAACGCUGCCAGUGGCAUCCGAUGCUGUUAAAGAAGCAGUUAAAGAUGAACAAACCACAGUUAAAGUACAGAGGGCCAAUUCUCAACGUGUGGAUGCUGAGAGUUCUCCUAGGGGUGAGGUCACAAAGAGGCAAUCAGUGAUAUUACCUCUCACCUCAACUACGAAACAGAUUGAAACUAAACGACUCUCGUGGGUAGAAGAGUCUCAUAAAUCAUCUGGCGAACCAGAUUGGUUAGCCAACUUGAAGAAAAAGAAGUCGGUCAAAGAUGAAACAUCUCCGACGGAAGAAGUCAAGACAGUUGUACCUGAAAAAGUAGAAGUGAAGAAAGCCGAGAGUCCAGUUAAGCCUCUUACAUAUGUGAAAACAUCUUCUGUGGUUAACGGCAAAUCUACAACUAAACCAACAGAGACAAAACCCUUGGAGACGUCUAGCGAUAAAACUGAAACAGACAGUAAAAAGACGACACUGUCUGCUACUACAGAUCCCAAAACUACAUCUUUUGGUGGUAGUAAAGUUUCUAGUAUCAAUACGCAACAUGCUAAAAUAAAUACCAGCAACACUAAAGUGGAAACUAAAGUAGUAACUUCCUCUAUUUCAAGUACAACACCCAGUGCUGCAAAGUCAUCUAUAGCAGAUCGAAUAAGUAGCUUAAAAGGUACGCCUGCAAGUGAAACACCAAAAUCUGCACCAGAAAAAAAUGUGACAACUAAACCAGUAGCAGAAAAAAGUGUCACACCAAAACCAGAACCAGAAAAAAGUGUUACACCAAAGCCAGAACCAGAAAAAAGUGUAGCACUAAAGCCAACAUCAGAAAAGAAUGGAACAACACCAGUGUCAACUAAACCCAUGUCUACAAUAGCUUCCCGUUUUACUCCUACUGUGUCUUCUAUAUCCACAGCUUCCAAAUUUACUCCUUCAGUACCUUCCACAAAAUCAGCAGUCAGUCGAACAAUUAGUAUUCCCACUUCAAGUAAAGCUGCAGAUAUAACCAGUAAUACCAAACCAGUCAUCAGUCAGACUGGCGCAAAACCUCAAACGGUCAGUCAAAUUAAACCAGUAUCCACAGCUACAUCUAAAAUGACAUCUGCUACUACUAAAAAUGGAUCAACAACAGCAAAAGAAACAAGUACAUCGGCAACACCAACUUCUGAUGUUCCAAACUGGAGAAGAAAUUUGGGUCAGAAAAAGUCAGAAUCAAGUAGCACUGUUGCUCCAGUAUCAAAUUUCGCACCAGUGAAAAUAGAGUUGAUAGAAAAUUCUGCUCCAUCAACUAAACCAGAGAAGAAAGUAGAAAUUAAGAAUUCAGGUUCAACAGAGAGUGAACUGGCAGCUGAAAAAUGGUCAGAUAAUGCCAACAAUAGAAAAUCCAAGGUCUUGGAUAUGGUGAAAAACUUUCAAAAACUAGAAGUCACAUGAAUGUAAUUCUUGUAGCCAAAAUGUGGACAGUGUUAGUUUAAACUAUGUGGAUUACUUGAAUGUGGGAUUCUCUUAGUUUGUUAUUUUAUCAAAUAUUUUAGAAUUAAAUUAUAUUUUAAUUGAUGAUUUAAUCUAAAUAUGAAGUAAUCAUCCAUCUGUUUUAACAAUACAGUAUUUAAAAAAAACAACAAAAAAAACGAUUCAAUUUAUAUGCACUAAUGUACUUAUCUGAAAUUAUUCGUUUAUAUGAAUGUACACAAAUUAAUUUGGUUUAAAAACACUUGUUUAACCUUCAAACAAUGUUAAAGACAAUACCGUACUAUUACAACUCUUCUAAAAUAUGUAUAUCGUUGACUCUUCUCUGUUCAUAUCCACCAGAUGCUAGAACUAUUUGAAAUUUAGCUGCUUGUAUUUUGUUUUCAUAUUUACUGCAUUCAAAGUGGAUAUUUACAUAGAAUAUUAGGCCAGGCAUUGUUAUAAUUUAAAUCAGUAAAUUUAUAAACUAGAUUAAGAUAUAGACAGUCAUAUUGUCUUCCUUAUAUAUAUUCUACCUAUAUUUAAUACCUUAUAUAUCAAUUUAGUGUUUAAUCAUAGUUCAAUGGUAGAUGUCAUAUAUAGUGCAAUUGUAGUUGACUGACUAAAAUCCUUGGUUAAAAAGAAUUACGUUCAUUUUAAUUAUUGAACAUGGAUACAGUAAUUUAUUGUUGCUUUAUAUAGAAUCAUUCAGUGGGUCUGUUUAAUAAUCUGUUAAUCCACAUCAUGGUAAAUAUGAGUUAUAUGUUUAAUAUGUUGUAUCAUAUCAUAUUUAAAAAUUCUCAUUUUUAUAUUCCCACAUUGAAAUGUGGUUGUAUAUUGUCGUCAUGUCCUGAGUUAUAGCCCUUGAUCGACUAUCUGAAGGCUAAAAUUGUCAUCCGAUUGACUUGGGAGUUUAUAAACAAACUGAAACUGCUAAAGUUAUCACCUAAUUACCGGUACUGGUAAAUAUUUUGUAUGAUAAAGAAGUAGAAGCCAACUGAGCUACAGUGGGCAUGUUUGUGGCCUGGCAACCUUUCUUAUUUACCUUCAAUUGACAAUCUUGAAUAAAGCUGUUAACAUUUGAUAUUAUUUUCAAUUAUUCAAACUUUAAACAUUUUUUUCUGGGGUUAAAGUGUUUGUGGAUUAUAAGGUUAAUACAGACUCAUGAUGUGUAAUUAGAAUAUUUAUUUACUAUAUAACAAUAGAUAUAUUACAUACUUAUUAUAAUCACAUUCCUUUGUUGUUAUUAUACAUUUCUGUUUAUUUCUGUGUGUAUAUCAUUAUAUCUAGGUAGAUUUAGUUAUUGUUAAGUUAAAACAAUUGCUCAAUGUUGUUCACAGUAACUUAGACUAGCAUGUAACUAUCUAGCUGUAUUCUUAUCUAUAUCUAUAUAUAUAUAUAUAUAUAUUAUAUUUUAAAGAGUAUAUGUCUACACUGUUAUUAUCUGUUAUCAAUCAUUUGUAGUCUUUUUUUAUUUAAUUCUCAAAUACAUUUAACAUUCCAUUGAAAAUAACGAAUAGCAAGAAGUGCAUAAGAAUUGAUUCACAUGGCAUAAGUCCAUUCAGCCUAACAACUACUCCAUUGACAUUCCAGAAACAUUAAACAUACUUAUUUUAUGUUUAAGAUAAAUUGUAUUUUGUCUGUAAAAUGUCAACAUGCAGCGAUUGUGAAGGCAGUGGCUGAGGAAAUAUAUAUAGAUGAUAACUUUCAAAUUAUUUGAGAAUUUGAAUGCUUAAUAUGAUUGGACAUAUUUCUCAAGAUAGAUAAAACAAUGAUAGGCUAGCUACGUUUCUUUAAAAAACAUUUCUUAACAGUAUUUUAUCAUUCUUAUAUUAAAUAAGCAUAGCCAGGUUUUGUGUUCUCUAACUUAUAAUUUCAUACUUUGUGGGGAGAAUGUAGUCAAUCUUGAUUUAUUAAUAUAUUUCAUUGAAUUUAUUUCUAUGAUGUUAAAUAUUGUUAUGUGCAAUUACUAAACUAAGUUAAUCAACAACAGAUUAUCAUCAGAAAAAUUCAUUUGUGAUAACUGUAUAAAGUAGAAUUCAGAGUGUUUUAAUUAAUGAAUAAAUAUUUAAAGUAGUGCAAUAUAAAUAAAAUACAUCUAAUUUCUUUUUGUUAAAUAUUAGUUAAUUCUUGCUUUUCUUUUAAAUUUAACAUAGCAGAAAUAGUUAAUACGUGCUUCCAUUUGUAAUUUAAUAAGCUUAUACAAGUAGUAAUUUAGUAACUAUCAGAAUGUGUUCAACUGUAUAAAUAAAGAAAUUAACAAGUUUACAUGUAAUUUGUGUUUUGGGUUGCUUCUUAACACUUUAACCAAGUUUAGUUUAUAUGUAUAAUUCAGCAUUAUAUGAUUAUUUAUUUUAGUUAUUUAGGAAGUUAAAAUAUUCAAUACUAAUGAUGUUAACUGUAUUAUUAACUGGAGAUUUUUAUGCUAGAAAAUAUACCGCAGCUAUUUCUUAUGUUUGGGAAGGAUGUCUAAAAUUAUUUAUUAAAUUAGGUUUUUACUUCGUGGUGCUAGCAUCAUACAGGGUUUAAUCACUGCUUGCGAUCUCUUAUUUCUUCUUGUGGACAGUUAGUUUGUGAUCAGAAUCAGCUAUUCAUGGUCGCAAGUUUUUGUUGGAACUACAGGGUUGUCUUAGCACUGUCUGUAUUGACAAACUGGUACUUAAAAUUUAUUUUAGCGUUUUAGAAAUUGAAAAAUAUUGUUUAUCUUGAAACAUUAACCUGUCCAUUUCAUGAAGAUUAAUUAUGGGUGUAAUCAGUUCAUUGUAAAGGAUAUUUUUAUCAGAUUUAUUUUCCCUUCUGUAACUGUCUGAAUAUUUGAUUGUUUUUAGUUAAUUCUGUGCUUUCAGUAUUGUUAUAGUUAGUAUUUUGUUAGUUCCUGUUGUUAUUUUAUUUACUAUAUAUAUAUAUAUAUGUCUUAUUUCUAUGUGUGUAUAUUAUAGAAACUCUGUAUAUAAACUUCUGUAUAUAUAUCCAUGUUAAUUAUUAUCUGUUUUCUGUUGUAAAUAUUUCAUUAUGUAUAUGUUUGUAAUCAUUGGUAUGGAAUAGUUGCUUAUUUAACUUGAUCCGUUAACUGUGAACGCUGUGUGCAAGAUUCUAAAUCUGAAAUAAUUGCAACUCAAAAUACAGAUUAAAGUUUAGUUUUUUGGCUACUACUUUUGUAUAGGCAUUCUGGUAGUUAAAUUGAAAAUGUGAUUAUUUUUAUAUUUUUAAGGAAUGAUGUCUAAUGUAAAUUUAUGUCUUGAGCGUGCCUUCGUGGAAUGAAUUUCUAUUUUAAGAACAUAGAUGCAUGCUGAUGAACAGAAUGAAAGAUUUAUUUUUGUAUUGGGGAUCAGAUUUUCUGGAUUUGUUUUAAGUUUCUUGAAAUAAUUAGAAGAGAGAUAUGGUGGCCAUAUUUGACAUUUGUUUUUAAUCUGGACCAAAAUAAAUGUUUCCCUGUCCGCAUACAUACAUUGUGGGCAACAUAAAAUGUUUUUGAUAACUUUAUGUAACCUUAAUUAUUGUUAAACCCUUAUUUUAAUUUGUAUGUGCUUUUAUUUGUAACAUUCCAUACAUGUUUUCUUGUUAAUGUAUUGUUGCCUUCUAUACACAUGUAAAUCCAAUAAUAUUAAUAUUCAUCAUUAAAAUUGUCAUUCAUGAAAAAAUGU